AUCCGCCAUUUUAGUUACGGAAAAGCAGAAUGAACUUGCGAUUCUACGAGAGUUACCGAUGAGAUCUCUGCUCUUCUAACUCUUUAUGGCCGAUAGAAACAAGUAUUUAACCUUUCUUUCCGUUCUUAUCCCUUGUUUUGGCCAUUGAUGCGAAUCUAACUAAUAGAAAACUUCGCCAUCAUUUGUAAACAUGUCCAAUAAAAGUCGUCAAGAUAAAACAAAAACUCCUGCUCAAACGUCCGCUCCACCACCUACCAGCAAUGAUAUUAUACCGGGAAGAUUUACAGAAGCUGACUGGUAUCAUAUGGUGGACCAGGAGGACGGGGAGGAAUUUGUUGUUGAUAUAGUGAACGAAAUUGUGGAAUCCACCAUGAAAGUCCUUCAUGAUCAGUAUAUCAUCAGUCAAACAUUGCCAUAUACUAUACAAGAGUCUAAAAAUUUACUUCUACAAAUCAUUGAGUGGCAAUUUCUUGCCUGUGAUGGGGGAGAGAACAACCCUGCUUGCGAUGCAACGUGGCUGGAGGAAGAUGGUAUUGUGUCUAAUUGUUUGUUGUUUAUGUUGAAGAGAUGCCUGAAUGCAUAUACUGAGUGUGAACCUGUAACGCCUUUAACUGAUUCAUGGGCUCAGGGGUCAGUGCCAAUCAUGUUACGGCCAUCUUCAGCAUCAUCAGUAUCAUCUAUCCAAUCAGAUCGAGAGUCUGAGCUCUCAUCUGUUGCUGAAGAAAGGCCAGGUGCCCCAGAACCACCAUUUGAAGCACUGGAUGUGCCAGAGACUCCCUUGUCAAUAAGUAGUCCAGCACAGCCUACACCAGCUACUGCAGAGAAGAGAAAGGAAAAUAAACCUCAAGAGCUUUCAAAGAAGCAGGUGCAAGGGAAGAAGAAAACAUAUUCACCAUUCAGACCACACAAAGGAAAACUGCCUUCAUUUUCUGGAGUAGAUCUUACUCCCUUAACUGAUGAGUACAGCUUAAGAACAGCAGAAAGAUUACAGGAGGCCACAAUAGGACACAGGGAUACCACUGGAUUAACUAUGCUGUCAUCUUCUACUUCUAUUCUGAAGUUUCCUUCAGAGAACAGUCGGCUGGAAGAAUGUUACUUCUGGUCAUCAACACCCUCUUCCUAUUCUCAAAGUUGGAGAACUACUAGUAACUACUCUAAAAGUCAGGCACAGUAUGGCCGGCCACCAGGCAUUAAAGAUGUGCUCUAUGAUGAGAGGGGAAAUGUAGUAGCCGUGAUGAAGAUUUCACCGGAUAAGCUUCCAUCGCACAGGGUUCGAACCAAAUUUUCAGUAGUGGACGAUGAUAAUGACAUGCAGGUAGUGCGUUCUCGGACAAGACCUAGGAAAUACGGCCAAAAUCCCCGCAAGAUGGAAGCAACGAAGGACUUAAAGGCUUCCAAAAAUGCAAGUCUCAAACAAAAUAUCGAUGCAAGUUCGAUAAAUAACGCAUCAUAUCAGACGGAAAAUGCUGGCUACAUAACACCCUUACCACCUCCGUUGGUGGACGCUAUGGACAUAUCUGCUGGUGUUCUCGUGAGGGAAGGGAACAUUAUUAGACGCGGGCCAAGACAGAUUCCACGUCGUGCGGAAAAGACUCCCUCCUCAGCUUGUCUGCAACCAUUGGACAGCACCCGUACUGCGGGACGGGUCAUUGAUGACAUUCUUACCCGCUCGUCUCCCGUGAUCAGACCUCUUCAUGCGACGGAACCCAUUCCUCCGAUAACUUCCCAGCCUCCCACUUAUUCUUGAUGUCGUUAACAUUGUGUUCGAUUUCUUUGCGUGUAGAUAUUGUAAGUCUGUACGAGACAAGGAAGUUAACGUUAUCGUUUGUCAUCGUAGUAUGGCAAGACGACGGAUUAAAAACGAAAAAACAUUUA